AUGGAAAAUAUUAUUCCUCAAUUGCAUGUUAGAAAUUUAGGUAGAAGAAGCUCAAGACAUUCAACAAAAUAUCAUGGUGUAAGAAGAAGGCCAUGGGGUAGAUAUGCUGCUGAGAUUAGAAAUCCAAACACAAAACAAAGGCAUUGGCUUGGCACUUUUGAUACUGCUGAAGAAGCUGCUUUGGCUUAUGAUAUUUCUUCUAUUGCUUUUUGUGGCAUUGAAAAUGCACGUACUAAUUUCGUUUACCCAUUCAUGUCUUUUCCUUCAUCUUCUUCUCAACCACCACCAUCACCACCACCUCCUCCGCCGCCACCACCACCAUCAACACCAGAGUUAGAAGUGAUUGAAAAUGAAGAAGAUGAUAAUGAUAAUGAUAAUGAUGAUGAUGAGAUCUGUGUGUAUGCUAAUGUUUUGCUAGUUACUAGAAUUUCGAGAGGUGGUAUCAAUGCUAUGCAUUCAACACUGCAGGAACAUUGGUGCAGAUGCUUCAGUUUGCAGUUGAAGGGCAAUGUGCUGCCUAAAGUUAGCAGCAACACGAAUUUGUCACGGAGGCUGGGGAUGCAAGGAGGUAGGCAGCAAAUAUGCAGUAGCUGGCUUAUGAGCUGA